UCUUGAAAUUUUACAGAUUUUCUACCAUGGAAAUUAUAAACUGCUAUUAAAAUCAGGUUUCUGGGUUGUAUGUUGAUGAAACUCAAAUGAAAUAAUUUAUCUCAAAGACUUUGGUUAUCCCUGCAAGAUUACAUUGCAUGGAGACCCACAAAGUCAUAAUGGAUAAACUUUGUUGGAAAUGCAUCGAACCAAGUACUUCCCAGAAAUAUCAUUCUUCGUGUUGGAGAACAAAUAUAGCACAAAUGUAUGGUCAUUUAGGCAAUGGAAAACCAAUGUUUUCUCACUUUAAAAGACGUAUCACAGAUAACUCAAUAGUCCUGACAUGGCUUGCGCACUGUUUAGUGAUCUUCAAAUAUGGCGUAUCGAGGAAUUAAGGGCUCCGAUCCGUUUGCUUCAAAAACAACAAGAAAUGAAAGAUUUGCGCAAAUGUCGAAGCAAGAACAACUUAUUGAACAAAAGAAACGAGAAAUACAAGCAAAAUUAGAAGACCAGAAGAAGAAGGAAACUGAAGAAGCAUUGAAAAAGUUGCAAGGUGCAUCUGGUAAUUCCAGAAGCACAGGAAACAGAUCGAACUCCCAGGCAGGGCAGCAUAAAGGGGGAAGAAAACCGUUUUGGAAGAGCAAUUUAGACCAGCGAUGGAAGCGAGAUUCUUCACAUUCAGAAGAUACCAGCAGUUCCAAGGCUUCAUCAUCAGUGAACAUAUUCUCGAAUGAUGGAAGUUUCCUAGAUCAGUUCAAGAAACUUUCUGGUGUAAAGGAAGUUAAGUCCAAAAAAGGAGAUGAUUCUUCAGUUACAAAUAGUAUUGUCACUAGUGACACAAAAGGUUCAGCUUCUACCUCCGGGACUUCAACUUCCCGUAAAGAUACAGACUGGGGUACGUGGGGUUCCCCGACCGAGAAACGGGCCGAGAAGGAAGACGAGCGUAUGGAAGGAACUGAACGUAAUGCCAGUCAGGACCAGGCAGAAACUGAAGACAGGGACGUGAAUAAGGACCAGGACAGAGACCUCACGAAUGAGGACCUGCACAACAGCGAGCGUCUGGGCACGUCACAUUGGUUUCAGCAGAAGCGCAUCAGCAGUGGUUCUUGGCAGCAGCAGGGGCAGGAUGAGUCUGGGGUAGCUUGGCAUGGGCAGGAUUCACCUUCACCUCCACAAUCACGCUCUGCUACUACUGCCCCAAAUAGACCCUCCUCUCCGUAUUCCCCGUCGAGCGCUACGGACACCAAGGAAGUAGUUCCUCUCAUAAACAUAACGCCAUCCGCAAGAAAGGGUCCAAUUCAAUACUCACUUCCCAGUAUUCAUCCUUCCUCAAUCAUGCCUCUUCUUAACCCACCACAGCAGCACUUCAUGACGUAUUCUUCCCCUCCACCCCCUCUUCAUAGUAUCCCUCCGCCAUCACCCAUGCAGCCUCAUACAAUUCCUACACCUCCACCCCUUGCUCCUGCAUUAAACCUCCACCCUUCUCGAGGUCAAGUCAUUCAGCAGCCCCCACCAGCGAUACAACAGCCACCCCCAACAUUACAACCCCCACCUUCUAUGCAACCAAUCUCUCCUCAUCUCAUGCAGCAUCCGCCACCACUACUGCAACGUCAUACAUUUCCACCACCUGCAGUUCUUCAGACUCAAACUUUGGGACCAGCACGUCCACCAACAUUGAUGACACCCUUGUUACAACACCCUCUUCCUCCCCCAGGUCUGCCACCUGCUGCUUCUGCCCCUGCCUGCCCGCCACCCGCGGCAGUCCCCGGCAUCCGCAAUUCUUCUGGAACUGGAGUCUCUUCAGCAGCCGUGGGAGUUCCACAAGCCGGCGGGCCAAUCAGUGGACAAUCCAAUAAUCAGCGGGCAGAUCGAGCUGCAGACGAGGCCGUGAACCAUCUGGCUCGCACGGUGGCUCAGUGCGGCGAUGACAUAGAGCAGAUCAUUCUCACUCGCAAUCCGGACGAUCCCGCACUCUGGUUUCUGCAUGAUAAGGGGUGCGCUGCAUAUCUGCAGUACCGACAGUUAGUGGAAAAAAUUUGUACGGAAAUGAAGAGCACAGACAGACGUGAGGAUGCGGCCAACGAUGAAAAAAAAGAUGAGGUGGGAGGAUGUUUGAAACAAGAGCAUAAUGAGUAUGGGCCUAUUAAUUUCCAACAAGAGAACAGUUUCUUGGUCAAUAGAUCCAUAAAAAGGGAGCAGGCUGACGAUAAGACUGCAGUUAAGCAGGAGGAUGUAAGAGGCUGUAGACAGGAUCAAGAAGACGACAGUUCACGUCAAAGCGAAGCAUCCAGUAAGCGUUCUGGUGAUGACAGUGAUGAAGGGCAGGCUACUGUAGCGCACAGACGUAAGCGGCGUAGCCGCUGGGCUCCUGAAACUGAGAAGGUGACUGUCAUGCCAGAAACUGGUGGGAAUGGGCCUGCCGUCACCAUGACCCUGGGAUUAGUUCAGCCAGUUGUAGCAGGAACAGCAUCUUCAGCUGCUCCACAGUUCCUUAGUAAAGUUACGCGCACAGAUCCUGCACUUGUCCAAUAUGCAAUACAGGCUUUUGGCACAAGUAACUUGUCCGAAGACGACUGGAAGAAGGCAGAGGAUCAUUACAAGAUUAAUCUCUUGUAUCAAGACAUGCUUCGUAAGCGACAGGAGCUGGAACGGCUGCAGCGUGCCGGCAAAUUCAAAUAUGAAUAUGACAGCGAUGAGGAGACAGAUGGAGGCACGUGGGAACAUCGUCUGCGAUUGCAGGAAAUGGAGGCCACCCAACGUUGGGCCGAAGAACUGACCAAGAAGGCGGAAGGUAAACAUCACAUAGGAGACUUUCUGCCGCCAGAUGAAUUAGAGAGGUUUCUCGAAAAGUACAAUGCCCUGAAGGAAGGGCGUGAGCCUGACCUGUCGGACUACAAGGAAUUCAAGUUGAAAGAAGAUAACAUUGGCUUUCAAAUGCUCCAAAAGUUAGGCUGGACUGAGGGCCAAGGUCUCGGCUCGGAAGGGCACGGCAAUGAAAAAAAUGUGCUUUGUAGUGAACUGGGUGUAUCUACAACUGGGACUAUAUUAUGA